UUUCUCAGACAACAUGUUGAAGAAACUUAAAUGCAUGGAAGCUGUACAAGCAGCAGCAGCAUCCGCAUCCGCAUCCGCAUCGGCAUCCGCAUCAAUAAUAACACAAUCGGCAAAAAUGAUUAAAAGCGAACCAAUAGAUUUUGAAAUGUUACACUUGGAGCAACAAGACCGUGAUGAGCAGCCAAGUUGUAGCAGUGCAGCAGCGGCAGCAGCAGCACCACCCCCACAACGUUAUACUCAUGUACAGGUACAAACGGUGGCGCCACGCCAACCCACUGGCCUAACCACACCCGGUGGCACACAGAAAGUGAUUUUAACCCCACGCGUCGAGUAUGUACAACAGAGGGCAAGCUCAACAAGUACAGCAGCUGGUGCUGGGACCACAGUUGGUGCCAUCAAACACAUAUACACACAGCAUGUUACGGCGGGCAGUGGUGCAGCAGCAACAGCAGCAGCAGCAACUGGUGGUGGUGGUGGCUCCAUACGUUCACCAGAGACAACGACAAUAUUAUCUAGUACAGGAGCACCACAAAUUAUAAUAACCCGUACAUUAUCCUCAACACAAACGGGGCAGCAACAUUUAUCGCGUCGUCAUUCGGCAAGUCCUUCGGCCAUACAGCAAUUGCAUCAGCAGCAGCAGCAACAUUAUCCCAUCUCAACGCAGCAGCAGCAGCAACGUACGUUAAGUGUUAAUCAAUCGCCACCACCUUUGCAUCAUCAGCAACAGCAGCAACAACAACAACAGCAUGUUCGUGUUAUACGUGAUGGUCGUUUAUAUGAUGAAACCACUGGUUGUUCCACUGUGGUUGUCGGUACACGUCGUCAUUCCGUUUCGCCGCCACCCUUACAUCAUCAUUCGCGUUCUGCUCCCGUUUCGCCAGUUAUUGCCCGUCGAGGAGCAUAUCUGGAGCAGCAGCAACAAUAUCAACAACGUCAGACACCACCAUUGGCCCCACCAGCACCAACACCAGCACCACCACCGCCUCCGCCGCCGCCACCACAGCAAUAUAGUGGCGGCGGUGGUGGUGGUGGAGGAGCAGGAGCAGGACCACCACCCACAGCAGCAGCUCGCAAAUUUGUGGUCAGUACGAGUACAAGACAUGUUAAUGUCAUUGCCUCAAAUCACUUCCAACAACAACAACAACAUCACCAACAACAACAGCAUGUUAUUGCCAAUGUCAGCUCAAGCAGCAGCAAUGGAGCAGCAACGUCAGCCUCCUCUUCUUCUUCAGCAGCAGCGGCGGCGGCAUCCUCAUCGACAUCGUCUGCCUCAUCGAGUGCAUCGCACAUAUUUCGCACACCUGUUGUAUCCAGUAGUAGCUCCAGUAGUAGUAGCAAUAAUAAUAUUAACAAUAACAAUAAUAAUAAUAAUAAUAAUAAUGCUGCACCACAAACGCAUACAAAUGCUGGGAAUUCAUCAAUGCGGCCACCACCGCCGCCUCCACCACCAAAAAUUAAGCAUGCCACAUCAAAUAUGGGCAACAACAACAACAACAACAACAACAAUAAUAAUAAUAAUAACAAUAUUAAUAACAACAACAACAACCACAGUAGCAACAACAACAACAAUAGUAACUGCAACAGCAACGGCGAGGAACCAUCCAGUUCAAUUCCUGAUCUAGAAUUUGAUGGAACAACUGUGCUAUGUCGCGUCUGUGGGGAUAAGGCCUCUGGCUUUCAUUAUGGUGUGCAUUCCUGCGAGGGUUGCAAGGGCUUCUUCCGUCGCUCUAUACAGCAGAAGAUUCAAUAUCGUCCUUGCACCAAGAAUCAACAGUGCAGCAUUUUGCGUAUUAAUCGCAAUCGUUGUCAAUAUUGUCGUCUCAAGAAAUGCAUUGCCGUUGGCAUGAGUCGUGAUGCUGUGCGAUUUGGACGCGUGCCCAAGCGAGAGAAGGCGCGCAUUUUGGCCGCCAUGCAACAGAGUACACAGAAUCGUGGCCAACAGAGAGCUUUGGCCACUGAGCUGGAUGAUCAGCCACGUUUAUUGGCCGCCGUAUUACGCGCCCAUUUAGAGACAUGUGAAUUUACAAAGGAAAAAGUAUCGGCAAUGCGUCAACGUGCCCGUGAAUGUCCAUCGUACUCAAUGCCAACAUUGCUGGCCUGUCCUUUGAAUCCCGCACCUGAAUUACAAUCCGAACAGGAGUUCUCUCAACGUUUUGCACAUGUUAUACGCGGCGUUAUCGAUUUCGCUGGCAUGAUACCUGGCUUCCAAUUGCUCACCCAGGAUGAUAAAUUCACAUUACUGAAGGCCGGCCUCUUUGAUGCGCUAUUCGUGCGUUUGAUUUGCAUGUUCGAUUCAUCGAUCAAUUCGAUAAUCUGUCUAAAUGGCCAAGUGAUGCGACGCGAUGCCAUCCAGAAUGGUGCCAAUGCCCGUUUCCUAGUGGAUUCCACAUUCAAUUUUGCCGAACGCAUGAACUCAAUGAAUCUAACCGAUGCCGAAAUCGGUCUAUUCUGUGCAAUUGUCCUCAUAACCCCCGAUCGUCCGGGUCUAAGGAAUCUGGAGUUAAUUGAGAAAAUGUAUAGCCGCUUGAAGGGUUGCCUACAAUACAUUGUAUCACAGAAUCGUCCCGAUCAGCCGGACUUUUUGGCCAAAUUGCUAGAGACAAUGCCCGAUUUGCGUACACUGAGUACAUUGCAUACAGAGAAAUUGGUUGUUUUUCGCACCGAGCACAAAGAGUUGUUGCGCCAGCAAAUGUGGAGCAUGGAGGAUGGUCAAAUGGAGACGAAUCAAGCGACAGCAGCAGCAGCAGCUGGUGGCGGAGCAAAUGUAAAUACAACAUCGUCAGGCAAGGGCAGUCCACACAGUGCUGGUGGCUGGGAUGCCAUGGAUGUGGAGGCAGCGAAAAGUCCAUUGGGCUCCGUGUCGAGUACAGAAUCUGGUGAUUUGGAUUAUGCAACGGUGGCAAGUAGCAGCUCGCUGAUGCAACAGCAACAACAUCAGACAUCAUCGACCACAGCACAGCCAUCGGCAUUGGCCAGUUCGGCACCAUUGCUAGCGGCCACUCUAUCCGGUGGUUGCCCAUUGCGUAAUCGUGCCAAUUCUGGUUCAAGUGGAGAUUCUGGUGCCGCUGAUAUGGAUAUUGUUGGAUCGCAUGCACAUCUAACACAAAAUGGUCUGACAAUCACGCCCAUUGUGCGUCAUCAUGCACCACAGCAGCAGCAACAGCAGCAACAUCAGCAGCAGCAGCAGCAGCAACAUCAUCACCAGCAGCAACAACAACAACAGCAGCAGCAGCAACAGCAUCCCCAGCUACAUCAUCAUUUGACAUCAGGAUCGGCGGGUAGAUAUCGUAAAUUGGAUUCACCCACCGAUUCGGGCAUUGAGUCGGGCAAUGAGAAGAAUGAAUGCAAAGCGGUUAGCUCCGGCGGCAGCAGCUCAUGCUCCAGUCCACGUUCCAGUGUCGAUGAUGCCUUGGAUUGCAGUGAUGUCGGCGGUGGACAUCAUCAUCAUCAUCAUCAUCAGGUGGUUGUGUCGCAACCGCAAUUGAGUGUUGUAUCCGUAUCGCCCAUACGUUCGCCCCAACCAUCGAGCAGUGCCAAUUUGAAGCGACAAAUUGUCGAGGAUAUGCCCGUGUUGAAGCGUGUGUUGCAAGCUCCACCAUUGUACGAUACCAAUUCGUUGAUGGAUGAGGCCUACAAGCCGCAUAAGAAAUUCCGUGCAUUGCGUCAUCGUGAAUACGAGAGUGCCGAAGCCGAUGCGAGCAGUUCGACCCAAAGUCUGAGCGCCAUGAGUCCCAGACAGAGUCCGAUACCGGCAAAUGUGGCAACACCACCACCACCGCCAACCACAACAACAACAACAACAACGGCAGCAGCAUCAGCAGCAGCACCAACAUCAUCCGGCAGUCAAUUGCAUAUGCAUUUGACACGUCAACAAACGCGCUCCUCAAUGGCCAGCACUCAUUCGGUAUUGGCCAAAUCCCUAAUGGCCGAGCCCCGCAUGACACCCGAGCAAAUGAAACGCAGCGAUAUCAUUCAAAACUAUCUAAUGCGUGAACCAUCAGCAGCCACCAGCACCACCAGCAGCAGCAGUGGUCCCGGCAGUCGCAGUCCAAACUGUGCAUCACCAUCGACCAGCUCGCCGCCACCACCACCCACCGGGGCCGGCGGUGCUGGCAGAUGGGGCAGCAGUUCGGUGAUUACCACCACCUGCCAGCAGCGUCAGCAGUCCGUAUCACCGCACAGCAAUGGCAGCAGCAAUUCCAGCUCCAGCUCUAGCUCCAGCUCAUCGUCAUCCUCGUCGUCGUCCAGUUCAACGUGCAGCUCAUCAUCAUCGGCCCAGAGUAGCAGUUGUCAGUAUUUCCAGUCCCCACACUCCACCAGCAGCAGCAACAGCAGCACAAUCCUAGCUGCCACAUCGACAUCGGCGGCAUCUGCAGCAUCAGCAUCAGCAGCAUCGACCACCACAACAUCAGCGGCAGCAACAACCACGGUGCCAAUGCUGGAACUGCAAGUGGAUAUCGCCGAUUCGGCCCAGCCAUUGAAUCUGUCCAAGAAAUCUCCCACACCGCCGCCCUCAAAGCUGCACGCCCUUGUGGCAGCAGCCAAUGCGGUCCAACGUUAUCCCACUCUAUCGGCCGAUGUCACUGUAACGGCCAGCAAUGGGCCACGCAACAGUCCGAGCCCCAGCCACAGCAGUCACACCGCCAGUCCGGCGCCCAGUUCGACACCACCCACAGUGGCUUCACCCUCAUCGAACGGUGGUGCUGGCGGUGCAUUGGCCUCAGUGCACAAAGUCAUGCUGGAAGCGUAAGGUGUAAGGAAGGUAACCAAUCAAUCAACCAACCAACCAACCAACCAACAAACAAAACAAAACCAACAAAACCAACCAACCAACCAACCAACAUUAGCAGCAGGUGAGAGGGGAGAGACUGACAUUGAAAAUGGGCAAAUAAAAAAAUAAAUACAUAAUUUACACAAAAAAAAACUUUCCUU